AAGAUUUUAGUUUGGCUGUUGCGUUGUCUGAUGAAAUGUGUGAUGUGAAUUUUCGCUUAAAUUUUGUAUAUUUACGUGAAAUAUGUAGUGUUUAGUGUAUAAAUUCUCGAUUAAAAUUACCGCUGUAGUGUUACAGUAUAGUUUAUUUCUUAGUGGAGUCGUUUCAUGGUGUGAAUCGGUACUCUGAAACGGUUCCGUUGGGCGACUAAUCAUGGCUGACUCGAAGGCUCCGCUGCGGACCGUAAAACGGGUCCAAUUCGGUAUUCUGUCACCCGAUGAAAUCCGUCGUAUGUCAGUCACCGAAGAGGGCAUCAAGUUUGCCGAAGUCAUGGAAGGAGGGCGUCCAAAAUUGGGUGGUUUAAUGGAUCCUCGUCAAGGUGUCGUGGACCGAACAUCGAGAUGUAAAACUUGCGCUGGUAAUAUGACCGAAUGCCCUGGUCAUUUUGGCCACAUCGAUUUAGCCAAACCCGUAUUCCACAUAGGCUUCGUUACGAAAACAAUCAAGAUAUUGCGAUGUGUUUGUUUCUAUUGUUCUAAAUUACUCGUUAGCCCUAGUCAUCCCAAAGUAAAAGAAAUCGUAAUGAAAACCAAAGGUCAACCUCGUAAAAGAUUAGCGUUCGUUUACGAUCUAUGUAAAGGUAAAAAUAUUUGCGAAGGUGGAGAUGAAAUGGAUUUAAAUCGGGAAAACGUAGACGACCCGAAUCCGCAACAACCUCGUAAACAAGGACACGGUGGUUGUGGUAGAUACCAACCUAUAUUCAGACGUACCGGAUUAGAAAUAACAGCCGAAUGGAAACACGUUAAUGAAGAUUCGCAAGAGAAAAAGAUCCCUCUGAGUGCCGAACGAGUACACGAAAUUUUCAAACAUAUUAUCGACGAAGAGUGUAUUAUUUUGGGUAUGGAUCCGAGAUACGCGCGUCCCGAUUGGAUGAUCGUUACCGUACUGCCUGUUCCUCCGUUACCAGUUCGACCUGCUGUUGUUAUGUUUGGAUCUGCUCGGAAUCAGGAUGAUAUAACUCAUAAGCUAUCCGAUAUAAUUAAAUGUAACAAUGAACUUGUAAGAAACGAACAAGCCGGUGCUGCUGCUCACGUUAUUGCCGAAAAUAUCAAAAUGUUGCAAUUUCACGUCGCCACAUUGGUCGAUAACGAUAUGCCUGGGUUGCCUAGAGCUAUGCAGAAAUCAGGCAAACCGUUGAAAUCGAUAAAAGCUCGACUCAAGGGUAAAGAAGGGAGAAUUCGAGGUAAUUUGAUGGGUAAACGUGUGGAUUUCUCAGCUCGUACUGUAAUCACACCUGAUCCUAAUUUACGUAUCGAUCAAGUCGGUGUGCCUCGUUCGGUGGCACAGAACAUGACAUUCCCUGAGAUUGUUACGCCGUUUAAUAUUGAUAAUAUGUUACAAUUGGUGAAACGAGGUAACUCUCAUUACCCCGGUGCCAAAUACAUCAUACGAGAUAACGGUGAAAGAAUUGAUCUACGUUUCCAUCCAAAACCAUCCGAUUUGCAUUUACAAUGCGGCUACAAAGUAGAAAGACAUAUUCGAGAUGGUGAUCUAGUCAUAUUUAAUCGUCAGCCUACGUUACAUAAAAUGAGUAUGAUGGGUCAUCGUGUAAAAGUUCUGCCUUGGUCAACUUUUCGUAUGAAUCUUAGUUGCACAUCUCCUUAUAACGCUGAUUUCGACGGCGAUGAGAUGAACUUACACGUACCUCAGUCGAUGGAGACGCGAGCUGAGAUCGAGAAUAUUCACAUAACACCGCGUCAAAUCAUUACGCCUCAGGCUAAUCGACCUGUUAUGGGUAUUGUACAAGAUACUUUGACGGCUGUGCGUAAAAUGACGAAACGAGACGUGUUUUUGGAAAAAGAACAAAUGAUGAAUAUUCUGAUGCAUUUACCGAGCUGGAAUGGUAAAAUGCCCAUACCAUGUAUUUUGAAACCGAAACCGUUGUGGUCUGGUAAACAGAUCUUCUCUUUGAUUAUUCCCGGAAACGUAAACAUGAUCAGAACUCACUCGACUCAUCCUGAAGAAGAAGAUGCCGGACCAAAUAAAUGGAUCUCCGUUGGAGACACCAAAGUAGUCGUCGAACACGGUGAACUAAUUAUGGGUAUUUUGUGUAAGAAAACCCUCGGUGCUUCAGCUGGUUCGUUGUUGCAUAUUUGUUGGCUGGAAUUGGGACACGAAGAUUGUGGUAUUUUCUACGGUAAUAUUCAAACCGUGGUCAAUUACUGGCUGUUGUACGAAGGUCACUCGAUUGGUAUUGGUGACACUAUUGCUGAUCCUCAAACGUAUCAAGAGAUCCAGAAAGCUAUUAAAAAAGCCAAAGACGAUGUAAUAGAGGUGAUUGCCAAAGCCCAUAAUAUGGAAUUGGAACCUACGCCUGGUAACACGCUUAGGCAAACUUUCGAAAAUCAGGUCAACAGAAUUCUGAACGAUGCUCGUGACAAAACUGGAGGUUCUGCUAAAAAAUCGUUAACCGAGUACAAUAAUUUAAAGGCUAUGGUGGUAGCCGGAUCCAAAGGUUCAAAUAUUAAUAUUUCUCAGGUUAUUGCUUGCGUGGGUCAACAGAACGUUGAAGGUAAACGUAUUCCUUUUGGAUUCCGUAAACGAACGUUACCUCAUUUCAUCAAAGAUGAUUACGGUCCUGAAUCUAGAGGAUUCGUAGAAAAUUCCUAUCUGGCCGGUUUGACUCCUUCGGAAUUCUUCUUUCACGCUAUGGGAGGUCGUGAAGGUCUUAUCGAUACUGCUGUAAAAACAGCCGAAACUGGAUACAUCCAACGUCGUUUGAUAAAGGCUAUGGAGUCUGUUAUGGUCCAUUACGAUGGCACAGUUCGUAACUCGGUCGGCCAACUUAUUCAGUUACGUUACGGUGAAGACGGUUUGUGCGGAGAAAUGGUAGAGUUCCAGGCCAUAAACACCAUUCAACUUUCGCACCGGAAAUUCGAAGAGAAAUAUCGAUUCGAUCCGUCUAACGAAAGGCAUUUACGAAGGGUUUUCAACGAAGACGUAGUUCGCGAAUUAAUGGGCAGUGGUGAAGUUAUCGCUGAACUGGAGAAAGAAUGGGCUCAGUUGACCAUGGAUCGUGAAAAUCUACGUGAAAUUUUCCCCUCCGGCGAGAACAAAGUCGUAUUGCCUUGUAAUCUCAAACGUAUGAUAUGGAACGCUCAGAAAAUCUUCCAUAUCAAUAAACGUGUACCUACCGAUUUGAAUCCACUGAAAGUUAUUCAAGGUGUAAAAGAAUUGCUGGAUAAAUGCGUUAUCGUGGCCGGAGAAGAUGUGCUUAGCAAGCAAGCCAACACAAACGCUACGCUUUUGUUCCAAGGAUUGAUAAGAUCCACUUUAUGUACGAAACUAGUCUCAGAAAAAUAUCGUCUGUCUUCCGAAGCAUUCGAAUGGUUAAUCGGUGAAAUCGAACAUAGAUUCCAUCAAGCUCAGGUACAACCUGGUGAAAUGGUGGGAGCAUUGGCUGCCCAAAGUUUAGGAGAACCGGCCACGCAGAUGACACUGAAUACUUUCCAUUUUGCUGGUGUGUCUUCGAAGAACGUAACCUUGGGUGUACCCAGAUUGAAGGAAAUUAUCAAUAUCAGUAAAAAACCAAAGGCUCCGUCAUUGACGGUAUUCUUGACCGGUGCAGCAGCUCGUGACGCAGAGAAAGCUAAAAACGUAUUGUGUCGUCUGGAACAUACCACAUUAAGAAAGGUUACCGCUAAUACGGCCAUUUACUACGAUCCGGAUCCUGAAAACACUGUCAUCAAGGAAGAUCAAGAGUUCGUUAACGUUUACUACGAAAUGCCGGAUUUCGAUCCGACCAGAAUAUCGCCUUGGUUGUUGCGUAUUGAAUUGGAUCGUAAACGAAUGACAGAUAAAAAAUUAACUAUGGAAGCGAUCUCGGAAAAAAUCAACGCUGGAUUCGGCGAAGACUUGAAUUGUAUAUUUAACGACGAUAACGCCGAGAAGCUUAUCUUACGAAUACGUAUCAUGAACAGCGAAGACAGUAAAUUACACGAUGGCGAAGAGAAUCUCGAUAAAAUGGAAGACGACAUGUUUUUGAGAUGUAUCGAAGCGAAUAUGUUAUCAGACAUGACCCUACAAGGUAUCGAAGCCAUCAGCAAAGUAUACAUGCAUUUACCUCAAACUGAUUCCAAGAAACGUAUCAUUAUCACCGAAAGCGGAGAAUUCAAAGCUAUUGCUGACUGGUUGCUGGAAACUGACGGUACCAGUUUAAUGAAGGUGUUGAGUGAACGAGACGUAGACCCUGUCAGAACAUUUUCGAACGACAUUUGCGAAAUAUUCUCGGUUUUGGGUAUCGAAGCUGUACGUAAAUCGGUAGAAAAAGAAAUGAACGUCGUGUUGUCGUUUUACGGUCUGUACGUAAACUAUCGUCAUUUGGCUUUGCUUUGCGACGUAAUGACUGCCAAAGGUCACUUGAUGGCUAUCACACGUCACGGUAUCAAUAGGCAGGAUACUGGUGCUUUGAUGAGAUGUUCAUUCGAAGAAACGGUCGAUGUGUUGAUGGAUGCUGCAUCUCACGCGGAAGUCGAUCCGAUGAGAGGAGUGUCGGAAAAUAUCAUCAUGGGUCAAUUACCUCGUAUGGGUACUGGUUGUUUCGAUUUACUGCUGGAUGCUGAAAAAUGUAAAGACGCUUUAGAAAUACCGAUCGGUCCAGUGGAUGCGGAAGGAGCUUUGUAUUUGGGCGAAUCGACACCUUCAUCGAGUAUGCAAGCAACUCCUUGGUCGAGUUCCGGAAGUCCGGGAUAUGGCGUGCCUUGGUCACCGAGUGCCAGCGGCAUGACCCCAGGUGGCCCGAGUUUCUCACCGGCCAGCACUUCGGACGGUAGCGGAAUGUCACCAGGGUACGGAGCCUGGAGUCCUACACCAGGCAGUCCCAGCUCACCUGGAUUAUACGCAGCUAGCCCGAUGCAAGGAUUCUCGCCCGGAUAUUCACCGUCGAGUCCGGCGUAUUUGCCAGCGUCUCCCAGCAUGACGCCGACCAGUCCGAACUACUCUCCUACGUCGCCGAAUUAUUCCCCCACGUCUCCUACGUAUUCGCCGACAUCGCCGCAGUACUCGCCGUCGCACGGAUACUCGGCUUCAGGAUCGCCAGGAUAUUCACCUACGUCUCCGAAGUACUCGCCGACGUCUCCGUCGUAUUCUCCUACUUCACCUUCUUAUUCACCGACGUCUCCUUCGUAUUCGCCUACUUCGCCGUCUUAUUCGCCGACGUCGUUGUCUUACAGUCCGACGUCGCCUUCGUAUUCUCCGACUUCUCCAUCGUACAGUCCUACUUCUCCGUCGUACUCGCCGACGUCUCCGUCUUACUCUCCUACGUCGCCAUCGUUCUCACCGGCGUCUCCGUCGUAUUCUCCGACUUCGCCGUCGUAUUCGCCCACCAGUCCGAUGUAUUCGCCUACGUCUCCGUCGUACUCGCCGACAUCUCCAUCAUAUUCACCUACAAGUCCGACGUAUUCGCCUACAUCGCCAUCUUACACACCGGCGAGUCCAUCUUAUUCGCCGACUUCACCAUCGUACUCUCCGUCAUCGCCGCAGUACUCUCCGGCCAGUCCUUCUUAUUCGCCUUCGUCUCCCAACUACUCUCCGACGUCUCCUUCGUACUCACCUACAUCGCCGAGCUUCAUCUCGUCUCCGAGUUACCCAUCAUCACCGCAGUACUCUCCGGCCAGUCCGAAUUUCUCAUCGACGUCGCCGACAUAUUCACCAUCGUCGCCUUCGUACUCGCCUACGUCGCCUCAGCACAUAUCCAGCUCGAGGUAUUCGCCUUCGUCACCCAACUAUUCACCUACCUCACCGUCGUAUUCGCCGACUAGCCCGCAAUAUUCGCCCUCUAGUCCGCAGUAUUCGCCGACCAGUCCGCAGUACAGUCCUACCAGCAGUUCGCAGUACUCGCCCUCGAGUCCACAAUAUUCACCGUCGAGUCCUCAGUACUCGCCAUCGAGUCCGCAGUACUCACCUUCGAGUCCGCAAUAUUCGCCAUCUAGCCCGCAAUAUUCGCCCGGAAAUGAUAUGUGAAACGAACGAGACGAUAAUUAAGUACUAUAAACUUAGUGAUAUUCUUCUUUAUUGUUACGAAAAGAGUUGUUUUCUAUUUUUACGCCUUAUUUGUACCGCGUAUCUUAAUUUUUUCUCUUAUUUUUUACGAAGGUUACAAUAUUAUUUUUCUUGUUUGGUCAGCCCUCCCCCCCCUCCUCCCUUUAAAGGUGUAAAAUUAUUACGUACGCUGCGCAUACCUACUUUCGACGAGGAAGUAGCUGGAAAAUAUGACGUGAUUGACGCGACGAACGACCGAUGUUUUAUAGUAUAUUUAUUAUUGUGAAUUAGCAGUAGUAGAUUUUUCUUUCUUUCUGUUUUUUAUUUUAUUUUACCUCUUUUGUAGAAAAAUUGUUCGAUACUUUUUUUUUCUCUCCACACUGAAAACCGUCGGAUUUCUACAUUGGUAUUUUAUAUUUUUAAUGUAUAUUUUUUUUCAACUUCGAAUAUAGGUUAUUCAGUUUUAAUGUU